UUAAAGCUCCAACAUGAUCUUGCUCCUCUUCUUGUUCGGUCUGGCUCUGGGUGCUCCUCCUGAGUCUCCUUCUGAUGAUGACCACAGAGUUCAACUACUGCAUGGAAACUGUCCCAUGUUCUGGUACAGUUUCAAUGGCCGCUGCUACAAAUAUGUCGCCGCACACAUGAGCUGGGCUGAUGCAGAGCUCUACUGUGUGUCACAGGGAGCCAACCUGGUGUCCAUCUACAGCGAGGAGGAACAGAACUUUGUCAGAACCUUAAUUAAGAACUUUGACCACACUGAAGGAACCACAUGGAUCGGACUCAAUGACCUUUAUAAAGAAGGUAGAUGGAUGUGGUCUGAUGGUUGUGCAGUUCGGUUUGUCUACUGGUUGCCAAACCAGCCAGACAACUGGAAGGGAAUUGAACACUGUUGUGAGAUUAACUCUUUCGACUUAAAGAAGUGGAAUGACUGCUCAUGUUCUACAGUUUUACCUUCUGUUUGUGCAACACGAAUAAUCUGUCCUAAAACGUAA